AUGAAGGUAUUAAUGCUUUCUGGAAACAAUUUUUCGGGGUCAAUCCCGAAAUCCAUCGCAGAUCUCCCUACACUAAUGCUACUAGACUUGUCAAGAAACAGACUCUCUGGCAACACACUCCCGGUUUUCAAAACUAAUUUGUCACCAUCAUAUGUUGAUCUCUCCUCAAAUGAACUAUCCGGUGACAUUCCCGCGUCAUUUUUCACUGGAACUAGUUUUCUUGCACUAGGGAAAAAUAAGUUUUCUGGAAGCUUUCCUAGGAACCUCACUGAUGUUUUAAACCUUGAAUGUCUUGAUCUACAUGACAACAAUAUUACAGGUUAUUUUCCAGAAUUUAUAUCUCAAUUCUUCAACCUUCAGUUUCUGAGUUUACGUAACAACUCACUACAUGGCCCAUUGUCGUCCAAGUCAUUCUACAACAGAAGUCACCUCCAAUUUCUUGAUCUCUCAAGUAACAGUCUUGUCGGAAGAAUCCCUUCAGAGUUGGGAAAUCUACCGGGAAUGAGUGGAUUCCCUUCAGGAUACAUUGUAGCCGAUGGUAAUGGUGAGAUAGAAGUGAACUGGAUCGAGGCCACACUUUCAUUAAUCAGUGGUACGUACACCAUUACAAUCGAGAUGAAUGACUUAACAGUGAACUGGAAGAAUGCUAUGCAAGGUCUCUCAAGUCAUAGUCGACAUAAUUAUACUUUCCUAGACUUGUCAAACAAUAAGUUUUCAGGUGAUGUUCCAGAUUCAUUAGGAAACCUCAAAGGACUGAAGCUACUUAACCUCUCCUACAAUGAACUCUCAGGAUAUAUACCACAAAGUUUUGGGGAUCUAGAAAGUAUAGAGACGUUGGACCUGUCUUACAACAAUAUCUCUGGUACAAUUCCACUAUCAUUGAAGAAGUUGGAUCAACUAUCCGUGUUAGAUGUGAGUAACAACAAGCUAAGUGGUAAAAUCCCGCGGGGUGGACAGAUGGACACGAUGAAUGAUCCCAGUUAUUUUGCCAACAACAGUGGAUUAUGUGGGAUGCAAAUCAGAGUGAAUUGUUCGAAAGGCGAGCCAACAUCAAAUGAAGGACAAGAAGAGGAUGAUGAUGAAAAAGAGCCAUUGUUCUUGUGGACAGGAGUGUGGAUUGGAUUCCCACUUGGCUUGAUUUCGUCGGUAUUAACAGCAUUUCUUGGUGGGUAUUUUGUUAUACCAACAGCAAAGUACCACUCGAUUCACUACAGACAGAGAUGA